AUGCACCUGGGGCAGGAGGGCGGCCGGCCGGGCUCCGGCCAGCUGGAGGUGGAGCUCCAUCAGACGUCCGCAUCCCCGCGCGCCAGCCUGGGCCUCGCCACCGGCCGCCGGCCACCGCCGGGAGCCCGGGGGGUCUCACCCGCCUUCCGCCCGGCUCUGCAGCUCCAGGGCCCCGGACGCCUGCUGCACCGAGAGCACACCGCUGCUGGGGAGCUUCUCCCCGGAGGAGCGCCGGAUGGAGGCGGGGGACGAGGGCGGUCUCCGGACGGUGACCCCACGUUGCUUUCCAGGGCGCGGGGCCUGCCCGUGUACCCCCCGGAGCUCGAGGCCUGGGACCUGGGCUCCGCCGAGUGGGAGGGCAGGUCCCUGCUGGGCAGCGAGACGGCCGGCUCCUCCCGAUCCGCCUCCUCCUCCUCCUCGGACCGGGGGGCCCUGCUGGAGGGGGCCCCCGCCCCGUUCCGCCUCUCCAAGCUCAGGCGCUGUGCUCAGCGGCUCAAGGUCACCGGCCUGUUCCUCUUCGUGGUGCUGUGCUCGGUCGCGUUCAGCCUGAACCCGGACGAGGGGCCGCUGUGGCAGCUGCUGGCCGUGUCGCCGCUGGAGAGCUACUCGGCGAACCUCAGCGGCCGGCCCGACUCCUCGCUGCUCCGCGUGGACCUGGCGGGGGCCCUGCUGGCUGGCGGCCCGAGCCGAGCGGACAGAGACGAGCACCUGGUGGUGGAGGUGGCGCCGGCCAGCACCCCCGGCCCCCGGCGGCGGCCCCCGCAGGUCACUCACAACUGGACGGUGUUCCUGAGCCCGCGCCGUGGCGAGCAGGUGGUGCUGAGCCGCACCUUCGAGGUGCCCGGCAGGGACGGCGUCUCCCUCAGCGUCCGGGCCGCCCUGCAGCAGCCCCGGGCGCUGCCCCUGCUGCUGGCGCACCAGCACCUGCGGGCGGGCGUGGAGGCCCAGGUGACCAUGGCCGCCCUCAUCCUCGCCGGCGUCUACGUGCUCAUCAUCUUCGAGAUCGUGCACAGGACGCUGGCCGCCAUGCUGGGCUCCCUGGCGGCACUGGCAGCGCUGGCCGUGACGGGCGAGAGACCCAGCCUGGCCCACGUGGUGGAGUGGAUCGACUUUGAGACGCUGGCCCUGCUGUUCGGCAUGAUGAUCCUGGUCGCCAUAUUUUCGGAAACCGGGUUCUUUGAUUACUGCGCUGUCAAGGCCUACCAGCUGUCCCGCGGCCGAGUCUGGGCCAUGAUCACCAUGCUGUGCCUCAUCUCCGCCGUGCUGUCCGCCUUCCUGGACAACGUCACCACGUCGCUCCUCUUCACGCCCGUGACCAUCCGGCUGUGCGAGGUGCUCAACCUGGACCCCAGGCAGGUCCUGAUCGCAGAAGUGAUCUUCACCAACAUCGGAGGGGCGGCCACUGCCAUUGGAGACCCGCCCAACGUCAUCAUCAUCUCCAACCAGGAGCUGAGGAAGAUGGGCCUGGACUUCGCGGGGUUCACGGCGCACAUGUUCGUGGGGAUCUGCUUCGUCGUCCUCUUCUCCUUCCCGCUGCUCCGGCUCCUCUUCUGGAACCGGAAGCUGUACAACAAGGAGCCCAGCGAGAUUGUGGAGCUGAAGCACGAGAUCCAGGUGUGGCGCCUGACGGCCCAGCGCAUCAGCCCGGCCAGCCGGGAGGAGACGGCGGUGCGCGGGCUGCUGCUGGGGAAGGUGCUGGCGCUGGAGCGGCUGCUGGCCCGGCGGCUGCUGUCCCUCCACAGGCAGAUCUCGCAGGAGGACAAGAACUGGGAGACCAACAUCCAGGAGCUGCAGAAAAAGCACAGGAUAUCGGACGGGGUGCUGCUGGCCAAGUGCCUGGCCGUGUUGGGGUUCGUGAUCCUCGUGUUCUUCCUCAGCUCCUUCGUGCCCGCCGUGCACCUGGACCUGGGCUGGACCGCGAUCCUGGGCGCCCUCUGGCUGCUGAUUCUGGCCGACGUGCACGACUUCGAGGUCAUCCUGCACCGCGUGGAGUGGGCCACGCUGCUGUUCUUCGCGGCGCUGUUCGUGCUGAUGGAGGCGCUGGGCCACCUGCACCUGAUCGAAUACGUGGGCGAGCAGACCACCUCGCUGAUAAAGAUGGUCCCCGAGGACCGGCGCCUCGCGGCCGCCAUCGUGCUGGUGGUCUGGGUAUCGGCCAUCGCAUCCUCCCUGAUCGACAACAUCCCCUUCACGGCCACGAUGAUCCCCGUGCUCCUGAACCUGAGCCAGGACCCCGAGGUCAGCCUGCCGGCGCCGCCCCUCAUGUACGCGCUGGCCCUGGGCGCCUGCCUGGGAGGCAACGGGACGCUGAUCGGGGCGUCGGCCAACGUGGUCUGCGCAGGCAUCGCCGAGCAGCACGGCUACGGCUUCUCGUUCGUGGAGUUCUUCAGGCUGGGCUUCCCCAUGAUGGUGGUCUCCUGCCUGGUGGCCAUGUGCUACCUGCUGGUUGUCCACGUGGUGAUGGGAUGGAACUAACGGGGACGCCUCCUCGGAAGACGGAAGGGAGCCUGAGCCGUCACCACGUCCGGAGAACACGCCCCCGCGGACGGCUCUCGGGAGGAGAAGAGGUGCUGGCUCACACGGGGGUGCG